CAAACGAAUCGGACGUCUGGAGGAGGAGAAGAAGGAUAAUGAUGAUAACGGUAAGCGAAGUUUCUUCUUCGUCUUCUUCUCCACUUUGCUUCAACCUCGCAGCUCUGUCUCGUCUCCAGAACAAAUCGUCUUCGAGACUCCGAACCUCUCUAUGCAGAGCAAGCUUUUCUGUUCCGACAAGGACAAGGAACAGCUGCAGCAGCAAAUCAUGGAAUUUCGGUCUCGUCACCAGUUCUAAAAGCUUUGAGGGUUCGGUUUUUGAUCCAUUGGGCAUCAAUCCAGAUGAACCCUCCGGUCUUAGCAGCAUUUGGGAAGGACUUCUCAACCUUUUAUUGCCAGCUCUCGAGAGCUCCUCCGGUGCAAAGAAGGAGAAGACGCUCUCUGCUCGAGGGGUAGCAGCUGCAAUUGAGGACAGUUCCAUCGAUUUCGGAGAUUUCUUCAAAGGGCCAUUGCCGGGGAAGUUUCUGAAACUUCUGGGGUAUUUAGCUCUCUCUCGGCUUGGAAUAUACGUACCUCUAGGCGGGGUGAACCGUGAAGCUUUCGUCGGAAAUUUGGAUCAGAAUAGCUUAUUGAGCACCUUAGAUUCAUUUUCCGGUGGAGGCAUUGGUAGAUUAGGUAUAUGCUCCCUCGGUAUUGUCCCAUUCAUCAACGCCCAGAUUGUCUUUCAGCUUCUUGCGCAAAUCUAUCCGAAGUUGCAAGAUCUUCAGAAAAGAGAAGGCGAAGCCGGGAGGAAAAAGAUUCUUCAGUACACUAGAUAUGCUUCAGUUGGAUUUGCAAUUGCGCAGGCGAUUGGUCAAGUGCUUUACCUUCGUCCAUAUGUUAACGACUUCAGCACGGAAUGGGUUAUCUCCUCUGUUACACUGUUGACGUUAGGCUCUGUUCUGACUACAUAUAUCGGGGAGAGAAUCUCUGAUCUAAAGCUCGGAAAUGGCACUUCCCUCUUGAUAUUCACAAGUAUCAUCUCUUACUUGCCUGCAUCGUUCGGUAGAACAGCUUCACAGGCCUUACAGGAUGGAAAUUAUGCCGGUCUCGCCACUAUCAUCGUUUCAUUUUUGCUGCUCGUUCUCGGGAUUGUAUACGUCCAGGAAGCAGAGAGGAAAAUCCCGCUCAAUUACGCAUCGAGAUACACCAGCAAGGCCGGUGGACUUCAGAAAUCUGCUUAUCUUCCAUUUAAGGUUAAUAGUGCAGGAGUAAUGCCGAUCAUAUUUUCCACGUCGUCGUUGGCACUUCCUGGAACCCUAGCUCGUUUCACCGGCAUAGCUGCUUUAAAGAAGGCUGCUUUGGCAUUAAACCCGGGAGGAUCUUUCUACCUUCCGACGAACAUUCUUCUCAUAGCUUUUUUCAAUUACUACUACACUUUCCUACAACUUGACCCGGAUGAUGUGAGCGAACAGUUAAAGCGUCAAGGCGCAUCGAUUCCGCUCGUCCGUCCUGGUAAAAGCACUGCAUUCUUCAUCAAGACUGUCCUUAGUCGGAUAUCGGUUCUCGGUUCAGCGUUUCUGGCCGUAUUGGCAGGUGGGCCAGCCGUGGUCGAACAAAUCACGCACCUGACAGCAUUCAGAGGAUUUGCAGGCACUUCUGUCCUGAUCCUUGUCGGAUGUGCGACUGAUACUGCAAGAAAGGUUCAAGCCGAGAUAAUCUCCCAGAAGUACAAGAACAUCGAGUUUUACCACUUUGACAAGAAUGGACCAUGAUCAAAGAUGGAAACUCAUGUAAGAAUCAGAAGUUGAAUUUGGAUUGAAUCCGAAGAAAUCUAUUUCCUGUGUA